CAUGCGCCGGAGUUGGGCCGUGCACAGAGAAGCCCUGGAGAAACUGGCUGACAACAUUAGACUUAUUUCGUUUAAAAUGCACGAUUCCGUCCAGAAACAAUGGGCAGAGCACUUCAGCUGAAGAUCGCUGAGGAUAAGAUGAGAAAAUUUAUUUUUUUUCCAAAAACCCCAGCAGUAGCUGGGACGUUGGCAUUGUUGCCGGUCGCGCCGCCAUUCUUCUUGUCGUUGGAGCUCGCUGUAUAUCUCGAAAGAGACCCUGAGCUCUAAUGGUAGGGAAGAAAAAAUUAAACCUCAGAGAGCGGGGGGGGGUAAGGGUGCGGAAGAAACAUAAACACGGUGCCACAGGGUGUGGCCACCAGGGGGAGCACCUGCACCGCCUCGGCAGGGCGUACAUGUAGUACAUGAAGCUGUGGCUGUAGAUGCCCCGACACACAGCGCUUCGUCAGAGUGAGGAGUGUGUCGGCGCGCACAUCGCCUGUUCCUCUCUGCUUCGACGUGGACGCGCCGCCGGCUGCAGCCAUGUUGCCCCGUGACCGCCUCGCGGGGGGCAGAGUGGCGCUCUGUGUGCUGCUCCUGGCUUCCAUGCAUCUUGCCAUCGGUACUGAAGAUCCAGGCAGAAGGGGAUCAGGGAUCCAAGACGCUGAUCAAGAUGCCCUGGAAAGACAAAUCUACUUACAGGAAGUGGUGUUCAUCAUUCAGAGCCAGAAGAACUCUGUCCACGUGGAACGUGCUCAGAAACGGCAGGCGGAGCUUCUUCAGCAAGCACAGAAAAUUGACCAGCGUUUACCCAGCGUGCUACUACUUCACAGCCUGUCAGACAACGAGGGCGACUGGAGCAUCCUUCCACUGCUGCCUUACCUUUCUGCAACUUUUGGUAAAAACUCAUCCUGGAUCCUGUUCCUUGAGGAACAGACCAAUGUGAAGCUGGACCGGUUGCUCCACAUUCUCAGGAAGUUUGAUGCCGAGAAGGAGUGGUUCCUGGGAAAGCCGCUUCAUGACGAUGAGUCCACCAUCAUCCACCACUAUGCCUUUGCAGACAACCCCUCUGUCUUCAAGUACCCUGACUUUGGUGCCUCCUGGGCCCUCAGCUUGCCACUUAUCAACCGGCUUGCAGAAAAGGUCAAAGAUGAGCCACUUAAGUCUGAUUUUACCAUUGACCUGAAGCACGAGAUUGCACUUUACAUUUGGGAUAAUGGAAAUGGGCCCAGUCUUACUGCAGUGCCUGAGCUGUGCACUUACCCUGAGAAGGAUCCCAGAUCACAACACUGUGCCACCACGUUGGACACGUACCUGCCAGUCUGUGGGAUGCCUGUGAAAAAUGAGGACAUCUUUGUUGCUGUGAAGACAUGUAAGAAGUUCCAUACAGAAAGAGUUCCUGUCGUCAAGAGGACCUGGGAGCGCCAAGCUGCACUGCUGGAGUAUUACAGUGACCAUGCUGACCCCUCCAUACCCACUAUUGACCUUGGCGUGCCCAACACUGAGAGAGGGCAUUGUGGGAAAACCUUUGCCAUUUUGAAGAGGUUCCUGAGUGCUGACGUGCCACGGACAAACUGGCUACUCAUUGUUGAUGAUGACACGCUCAUAAGCCUCCCCAGACUGCGAGCAUUGCUGAGCUGCUACCGGCCCGAUGAGCCUGUGACCCUGGGUGAGAGAUAUGGCUAUGGGCUGGGCCAGGGGGGCUACAGCUACAUAACCGGAGGUGGGGGGAUGCUUUUUAGCAGGGAGGCUGUCUCCCGACUUUUGGCCAGCGGCUGCAAGUGCUACAGCAACGAUGCUCCCGAUGACAUGGUGCUGGGGAUGUGCCUUAAUGCUCUGGGGCUCCCAGUCACCCACAGCCCUCUCUUCCAUCAGGCACGCCCUGAAGAUUAUGCAAAAGAAUACUUGGCUCACCAGGUUCCCAUCUCUUUUCACAAACACUGGAACAUAGACCCAGUUGCCAUUUUUCAUAAAUGGCUGGUGGAUGACGCUGGGGACACAAACUUGGACUUCUCACAGGAGGGCAUUAAAGAAGAGUUAUAGGGACUUGGAAAACUGGGGUAAUUUUGUGUCUGUGUGUGUGUGAGUGAAGGAGAGAGAGAAUAUAGGUGCAGCUCCAGGAGCUUUAACUGUGUGUGUCUGUGUGUACAGUUCUGUGAGUUGUCAUGUGUACCCACCAUUUUUGAAAUCAUACAUAAUAGUAUUUUCAGUGCUUGUCCAUCACAGUGAAUGGUUUUCAAUAAACAUCAGUUUUAUG